AUGAGGCAGGAUCUCAUGAAAAUCGACGAAAUUGAUGACAAGUGGAUGGCGAACAAACACCCAAUACAUUUGAUGGAGGCGUGGGUAGAUUCAAGGGAUGGACUCCUUGUUUCUGCUGUGCCAGGAUUGGCUCACAAUACUACCGUAUCCCGCACAUCGGUCCAGCCAAAAGCUUGCGAUCAAGUGACUGAGAGGUACAAGGGAGGCGCAAAACACAGUAAUAGAAAAGAGUCUCCUGAUUCCGGAAGGAAGCCUGAUACGGUAGCGCCAAGAAAGACGGGGUUGCAGGAGUCAUAUAGGCUGCCGAAAUGGAAAAGGACUAGGAUGAUGAUCUGUACUUAUAACGCACGUACGCUCGCAUCGGAAGCGGCCAUCGAGGAUCUGAUGAUGCAAACCAGGAAGUUUAAGUACGACGUCAUCGGACUGAUCGAGACGAGACGACGUCACCAUCUCAAAGCCGUAUAUGAAACUGGAGAAGAACUGUUCUUAGGAAAAUGCGAAAGUAGAGGUGUUGGUGGAGUUGGCGUCCUCGUCAGCACAAGUAUAGCAGAGAACAUCGACCGUUUCGAACAACUUACAAUUCGAAUCGGACGUCUGCGGAUGAGAAGAUGUGGACCAACACCAGCUUUGACUAUCUUCGUCGCUUACGCUCCAACAUCAAGCUACGAAGAAGAAGAAGUCGAAGCUUUCUAUAUGGAACUGGAGAAGUUCUACAGAGAAGAUCAUGCCUUCUACAAGGUCAUAUGUGGGAUUUCAACGCCAAAUUUCGCGCAAGAAGAACGCCUGAGGAAAUUCACAUCGGGACUCACGGCCUACAAUGGAGUGAACAGCAAGAAGGCUCUCGAGUUCAUUAUGACGACUAAGACCAUCCAUGAGAACUCGCAAUUCCAGAAGCCCUUCUCCCUGUGCUGGAUGUGGGAGUCUCUCGGUGGAGGGUACCGUAAUGAAAUUGACCAUAUCAUCGCCAGUAAAAGGUUCUGCCCGACGGACAUCGCUGUUGUGCCAAAGUUCCAUAUAGAGCGAAAUCCAACAACUAUCAUCAACUCGAAUCUUUUCGCUACGCUAGUCGGCUCUUGGCAAGAUUACACAAUUCACAGCAUCGACGAGGAAUAUGACCAGCUCGUUGAGCACCUUUACGACUGUACGAAGAAGACUGAGAGUUUUAAAACCACCAAGAGACGCUUGUCUCUUGAAACUCUUGGGCUGAUACGCCAGCGUGGAGCAGCACGAGCCGCAGAGAACCAAGAACUCACGUCCGAGCUCGCAAGGCUUUGCAGAGAAGCGAUGAAGGAAGACCUUAAAGAGAGAAGAGCAGAAGUGCUGGAUGAAGCUGCAGAGGCGGAAGACGGACAUGUCAUUCCAGAAGUUCUCCCGUCCGAAGUACGACAUGCUAUCAUGUCGGUAAGAAAUCGUACGGCACCCGAUCCUGAUAGAAUAAGACCCGAACACCUGAACGACCUUCCGCCAGUACUCAUCAACACUUUGGCGAGACUCUCAACGCGUUACAUGUCGGAAUGCAAAGUUUCUAAACAGUGGAAGACAAGCAAGACCGUGUUGUUGUAUAAAAUGGGGAUCUAUAUGAUAUCGACAACCAUCGCCCAAUCUGCUUACUGUCCGCCAUCUACAAGCUCUUUACAAGAGUGA